AUGCUUCUUAAUUUACUAUUGGAGAAAAACGAAAGAAUCGAGGCAAUGAAAAAUAGUAUGAAGAAUAGUGAGGAAAUCGAGGAAGACAUUGCGACAGCUGUAAAAGAAAACAAUGAUAGAGAAAACAUCGAACACAUCCCUGAAGAAUUUAUUUCCUCUGCUACGCUUGACGUGAUUCGUAAUAUCUUUGACACAUAUCCACCAGAUUAUCAAUAUUCAAAAGGCUCGAUAUAUUAUGACAGUAAAGCCAAUCUGCUGAAGCACAUUAAAGCGUACUACAGAUUGUCAAUAAUGCGAGAAGUACUUCGAGACAAACCAUUCAGCUGUUUUCCAUUACAAAGAUGGCUUAUACAAUGCUAUAUGAAAAUCGAUACACGUACUCUGAAUACUCUGAUCUUGAAUUAUUCCGUUAUCAGUCACUUUAAUAAGGAAGUGAGUAAGAUGAGCUGGAGGCUGGAAUCGGAAAAUGCGUGUUUGGUAAUCCUGUCAAAGGCGCAUUAUUGCACUACAGAAUGCUGUUUUUUAAAAACUCAAAAACUCAAAAGCUCAGAAGCAGUGUACAUUAGGGGGUUUCACCAGCUCUGGAUGCUUGACUGA